AUCCGGCGGACAGUCAGAAACUCACUGGCCUCUGCGGAGUGCCCGAUGUCGCGGACAUUUCUCCUCUCCCUCCGCUGAAAACAUGGAUUUCAACGUGAGGAAACUCGCCUCAGAUGCUGGGAUAUUCUUUUCUCGUGCUGUCCAGUUUACAGAGGAGAAACUGGGACAGGCUGAGAAGACUGAACUGGACACUCACUUCGAGAAUCUGUUGGCCAGAGCGGAUUGCACCAAAAACUGGACAGAGAAAAUCUACAGGCAAACUGAAGUUCUGCUCCAGCCAAACCCGGGCGCUCGCAUUGAAGAGUUCCUGUAUGAGAAGCUUGACCGGAAGAUUCCACCGCGGGCCACUAAUGGAGAGAUUUUAUCCCAGUUCAUGCUGGAGGCUGCGAAGGAGUUUGGACCGGGAACACCAUAUGGAAGCACGCUGAUCAAAGUGGGCGACUGUCAGAGGAGGCUGGGCGGCGCUGAGAGAGAGUUUCUGCAGGCCUCGUCCAUCAGCUUCCUCACACCCCUGCGCAAUUUCCUGGAGGGAGACUGGAGGACCAUUUCUAGAGAGCGGAGACUCCUGGAAAAUCGACGCUUGGAUCUGGAUGCCUGUAAAGCACGUCUCAAGAAGGCCAAAGCAGCAGAGGCCAAAGCGGCUGCUGUUCCAGACUUUCAAGAGACUCGACCACGUAAUUAUGUGCUUUCUGCCAGCGCAUCUGCACUCUGGAGUGAGGAGCUUGAUAAAUCGGAGCAGGAGUUGCGCGUCGCUCAGGCAGAGUUUGACAGACAGGCUGAAGUCACCAGACUCCUGCUGGAGGGCAUCAGCAGCACACACGUGAAUCAUCUGCGCUGUCUGCGUGAGUUUGCGGAGGCGCAGGCCAUGUAUUACAACCAGUGUCACAAAUACAUGCAGGAGCUGCAAAGAGAGCUGGGCAGGUGUCCUGACUCUCUGGAGGUGAACUGUGAGCCGUCCGAGAGGCCGUCAGACCCGCUGAACUCUCCGUCUCCGCUGGACUCAGACACUCUUCAGAUUGAGGAAGUUCAGCCUCCUGCCAGCGGCACACGCAAAGCCAGAGUCCUGUACGACUACAGCGCCGCAGACUCCAGUGAGCUCUCGCUGCACGCUGAUGAGCUCAUCACCGUGUACACAAUGCCUGGAAUGGACUCUGAUUGGCUGAUUGGCGAGAGAGGAAAUCAGAAGGGGAAGGUGCCUGUUACAUAUCUAGAGCUGCUGAGCUAAACACACACACACACACACACUCUUCCACAACAACACACUGAUUCCAGCUUUAAUAGCCAUGGACAUUACUGAGAUUUACCCAUGUUUAUUUACUAAAAUAUUAUGUGCAUGUGUUGACAGGGGCUUCAUUUUUCUCUUUAUUUGAACAUUGAAGAUGCCAUUUGUGUAGAGAGGCUCAUUAAUAUUGAACGACGCUAAAUGAAAAGCAAGGCAUCACAGUGAUAAUAAUACCCAUCCCUCUUUAUUUUAUUAUUGAACAUGAAUUAUUAGAUGAUGUCAUCACUCAUUGGCAUUACAGUACAGGACAAACCUCAGAGCUGAUCAUGUUCGUUCAUUCACAAAUGCCUGAAAGUCAUUAUGAGCACAUGCAUGUGCUUGUUUACUGCACUAGAAACUGUUCUGGGGUCAGUCCGAAUGUCUUUCUGCCUUCAAUAUACACAGAAUGAUCUCUUUUCGGGACAUCACUGGACUAAGCUAAAUAAUACACCAUCAUAAGUUGAUAUAUUUGCACUCUUUAGUUUCCUAGAAGAGCCUAAAUGAUGAAUUAAACACAGCCUUAACUGCAUCUCAUGUAGACGGAUGAAAUGUAAAGCAUCACGCCAAACUAAGUCUACAGGUUAAAAAGCAUUGUGUUUAAAAGUCAAUAUGUUUCAGCUCAGAACAUGAUUGUUGAACUCAAGCCUUAAAUUCCUCAUUGGAAAACCUUGCAUGAGGAAGCUGACAGUGUGGAAAUGCCUUUUUGGUGGUCUCUUUUAAAAUACAUUACAUAAAAUACAAAGAAACAUCUUCAUAUUAAGAGUUUAUUAAUCUUAAAGGGAAAUCCUGUGUAAUAAGUCUUGUGUGCCUUUAUAUAAUGUAAAUAAUGUCUCAAAUAUUAGAUUAUAGAUUUAAUUUAGUUAAAAAGUAAAACUGAUAUUGCAGUAUUUAGUUUUUCUGUGACAUGUAUUGGGAUGUGAACACAAUUUCAGCUAAUGACCGGAAUAUAUAGUGCGUCUAUAUUAAAUCUAACAAAUUACAAGCAUAAAUAAAUACAAUAGAGCAAAGAUACAAAUGAAAUAAACAGUGCUUUUUAUUUUUUGGGGGGUGUAAUCAGGUACAGAAAUUAAAUAAUCAAAUGUAAAAUAACACUAGUUUUCAUCAAAUAUAUAAUUAAAAACAAUUCAUCUUCGUUAAAGCUACGAAUGUUAUAAUUUCUUGCCUGAAUGCUUUAAAUUAUCUGAAGUGACAACAAGCAUGCAGAUGAUACACUUUCACUAAAUUAUGGUUGAACUUUGCAGUAAGUAUGUUUACAUGGACACUUAUACUCAGAUUUUAAUACGAUUAAGACAAUACUCUGAUUAAGAGUCUACCAUGUAAACAGCAAUUUGUAAUGACCCUAAUCUGAUUAAAGUCAAAAUCAAACUAAAUAGAAAUAAUAAGAUGUGGAGUAUGCCUACUUUAGUGGCAUUAUUAAAGUGCAGUACAGACAUGUAAACACCGCAAUCAAACUAUUAUCAUGGUGUAGGAUUUUUUUUGCUACAGGAAAUUCCAUCCACACACACAGCUAUUUGACACUAUUCUCUGCACCUACGGACUCUUUAAAGGGCCACAACCCCUCACAUCACAAAAUGCAGACCUAUUUUUUUCUUUCCAUUCGGUGUGCGGUAUCAAAUUCCAUUAAAAACAACACUCUUCCAGCAGCCCUUACCUUAUACUCGCAUCCAAUACCUCAGUUUGUCACGGCGGCAUGAAUAAAAUGUUUCAGAAUGAAAGUGGAAGUGCAGAUAAAGUCCUAAAAUUAAAUAUGAAACACUUGAAAUUACAUGAAACCCGGAGGAAACGUGGAUAGCGUAGUGACACAAUGACGUUAAUGGAUCUAUGUGCUAUAACAUGUACGGGAUCAUGAAAGAAACAUUAAGCAACUCAUGUAAACACCUUUCAUCAUAUUAUUGUCUUAUUCAGAUUAAGGCAAAUGAUUCGAUUAUUUACUAAUGUCCAUGUAAACAUACUGUAGUCAUUGACUUCACAAAUUACUGUGGUGUCUGGUUAAGUAUAAUUCUGAUUCUGCGAUGGGAUUAUUGCGCACAUUGUAAUGUCAAUGCUGAAACAAUAAUAUCGUGCAGUCCUAGUGUGCUGUCAUUUAAAAUAAUAGCACUUUCAUAGUCUAAAAUAUGCAUAAAGCCAUGUUUUUUUGAUAAUAUAAAGCUUUUAUGUUUUUUUCCUUACAUAUUUUAUUAAGAGACAUCGUUUGUAUUAUAUUAAAGCGAUAGUUCACCUAAAAAUUAGAUCACAGAUCAUCCAAGUUAUUAUAUAUUUUUUCAGAAGAGCAUUAAAGAAUAUUUUUAGCUGAAUCCGGGGUUGUUGGUGAUUCAUAUAAUGGCAGUAAAUGGAAUUGGGCUGUUUAGACUACAAAUAAACACACACAAACAAGUCAAAUUUUUGUUUUGUUGAUUUCAUCAUGAAAAGGGAAUGAACUACACUCAGUCUACAUUUGUACAUUUCCCGAGAACUGUUUGUCCAGGCUGUGUAUUAAAGCUAGUAAUAUUGUAAAUAAUGUUUAAUUUCUUACACAGAGCGAUCCUUUUGCUUCACAAGACUUCAGUGUAUCAUCAGGAGCAACUGUUAUUGAUUUAGGCUUAUUUCUAUGUGUUUAUUUGUAAUCUUAAAAAACAUCACCAUUCACUAUUAUGUGAAUCACCAAACAGAUUCAGCUCUAAAUCUUCUUUAACGCUCUACUGAAGAAUAAAAUUAAUCAACAUCUUACUCGCCUGUGGGUGAGUACUGUAGAUUAACUGGAAAUUUUCAUUUUAUUGGGUGAACUAUCCAUUUAAGGGGCAAGUCUUAAUACCCGGGGUUUCCAUUUAAGACCCAAUUUGACAUGAUUUACAGAGUUUCAUUUGAACUUGUUGAUUUGAAUGGUGUUGUUGCCACAUUCCAGUGUCUCAUUUCCUGCUGACAGAAAUUAGUGUUGCUGUUUUUUUUUUUGAGUGUCAAUAGCAGCAGAGAUGAGGUAACCUCUGAUUUAGAGGUGUGCGAUAUUUGUUUUACUAAUGUACAAGCUGAUACUAUUGAAUAUAUAUCAUGUCACGCUUUGUGGAAAAACUUAGCAAAAACACAUCUCAAGUAUCCAAAAGUAAGCAUUGAUUAAAGAUAGGCCUGUCACGAUAUCUGGUUUUUUUUGUACGAUAUAUUGCAUCAAAGUAUAUUGUGAUAAACAAUAUUAUUGUCAUUUUAAGACCCUUUUUUUGCCACUCAUAUAAUGCCAGAACGACAAUAUCAUAACAAUGCAAGUAUACACUCUUCUAAACAACACAUCAAAUUUUAUUCUGAAGAAUAUUUCGUUUAAUUAUUGUCAUUUUAACAGUUUAAUAAUGAGGUAUUGGAGUCAGAAUGUGAAAACGCAUGUCCUAAAUAAAUAAUAGUAAAUGUUAAAAAAGUGCAAGGUAAAGCGUAACAGAUCUGGUAGCAGAUAUCACAGCCUCUAUUAUCAGCUGUCAGACACCCACAUGAAAAUAUACUUUAGUCAUUUAUAGUAAAUACUAUAGGGUUUUUAACCAUACUGACGCUGACUCCUCCAGUAAAGAUAGACAAUCAGCUAAAAUGUGGCUAGAAUUGUUUAUUUAUAAGCAGCACUGUGUGUAAAAGUAGAAAUGCUUUAAACUUGAUACUUCUUAAAAAUGUGCAAUGCAUUUCAAAAUGUGUUUACAUAGAAAAACUAUUGAAAAGUAGUGUAUUUUAUUAUAAAAAUGCACUCUGUGUGAACGAGCCCUUCAAUGCAGUCAGAAUGAGCAUACAAUACCUUACAGAAGUCUUGUCGUGGAUCCCAGUUAUAAGAGCAACAAAUAAUAACUUGACUUCUAGUUGAUCAUUUGGAAAAGUGUCAGAAGAUGGAUUUUUCUGCUGAAUCAUCUGUUGAGCUGCAUCCCAAUCAUCUCAAAUACUGCAGAAGACCUACUGGAACCUGCAUGGAGCCAAGAUUCUCAGUGAUCUGUCAAGUUUUGUGAAGUAACAAUCAUGGUUUGGGGUUACAUUUAUUAUUGGGGUGUGUAAGAGAUCUGCAGAGUGGAUGGCAACAUCAACAGCCUGAGGUAUCAAGACAUUUGUGCUGCCCAUUACAUUACAAACCACAGGAGAGGGCAAAUUCUCCAGCAGGAUAGCGCUCCUCAUACUUCACAUCAAAAUUCCUGAAAGCAAAGGUCAAGGUGCUCCAGGAUUGGCCAACCUAGUCACCAGACUUAAACAUUAUUGAGCAUGUCUGGGGUAAGAUGGAGGAGGAGGCAUUGAAGAUGAACACAACGAAUCUUGAUGAACUCUGGGAGUCCUGCAAGAACGCUUUCUUUGGCAUUCCAGAUGACUUCAUUAAUCAGUGAUUUGAGUCAUUGCAGAGAUGUAUGGAUGCAGUCCUCCAAGCUCAUGAUGGAGUCAGACACAAUAUUCAUUCUUUUUCCACUGAACCAUGACUUUAUAUAUUCUAUACUGGACAUUAUUUCUGUUCAGUGAUGAGACUUUUGUCUAAGCAAAGUUAGACCUUACUGUCCUAAUAAAAUCAUUCAAAAUCGAUGCAUGAUCACAUUUUAAUUUGGUAAAACAAGCGUAAUCUAGAGGCCUUUUGAAGCCACUUCUGAUACCAAAUGAUCAACUAGAAGUCAAGUUAUUAUUUAUUGUUCCUGAAACUUGGAUAGGCGACUACACUUUUGUCAGGUAGUGUAUAUUAAAAUGAACACAAAUAACCUAUUUAAUUUAUUUAUUUUUGUAAGAUAUGAUAUGGUUCAGUAAUAUCAUACAAGCAACAGCGUCGUUUAUUCCGUAUGAGACAUUGCAAACCAAAUUAAUAUUGAGUUGCAAUACAUUAUAAACAAAGUUGAAUCGAUUUUUAAAAGAAUCAUUUGAGUCACUGAUUCAGUGAUUAAUUCAUUAAGACCUACUGAAGAUUAUUUCUCAGUAACCAGCCAGACCAGCAUAAAAACACAAACACUAAUUAUUAUUAUGGAAAAAAAAAUCCCCAAAAAAUGCUUUUUAAAAAGGUAUCGCACACCUCUAGAGCAGAUAUAGAAAUGCUUACUUUUCUGACUGAUGUACUUCUAAUUAUUUCUAUUAUUUCUGAAACCUAAGGUUGCUUGAUGUGUGUCAAUUAUUUAAGCCAUAUUUGAUAGAUUUCUGUCAUAAUGAACCCAUUGCACUGCACAACCUGCUUUAUAUGUCUUUUAAUUGAUUUAUAUUUAUUCAAAAUUAAUUAUUGGUUUAUAGAUUGUAUUCACAGCUUAAUUCCUGUAUAUUUGGUAUUUUAAUCAGGUUUAUUUUGCUUUGUGUGUGCCAAAGUGCAUUUUAACAUUGUUAUUGUGUUCAGGGUGCAUUAUUUAUUUAACUAUUUAUUUAUUUAUUUAUUUAUUUAUCUUCUGUUGUUUUUAUUGUUUUAUGUGGUAAGUCGUUUUUGUAAAGUAUAAUGGCCAAAACAUUAAUGAACCUGAUAGGAAGAGCUGCACUGACGCCCCCUGCUGGUCAAUUUUUGCAUUUGUUUUUGCUCUCCGUUGUAUUUAACAGGACUCUCCAAGAAAUGCAUAGAGAACUAAGCUUAAUAAUGUAAUAAAGGUCAUUUUUCUUGUUACUGAUCAA